UGUCAAAGACCAGUUGCCCCAUACUGUGUACUACCUAGUAGAUAGUACAAUUCUGCAGUGAACCCGCCACCCAGUUAAAUACUCAACCGCCGAUUCUUUUCUCUUCAAAAAAACAUUACAUUAAAAGAAAGAAGGAAGAAAAAGAAAAUGCCGAACCCAUUAGUCGAUGUCCCAGAACACAUCCACGCUCUCCUGAGCCGUCUGCAUGCCGAGUCCAGCGCUCAGGAAUCGGCCCUCUCCGCCGCCGACUUCGCCAACCGGACCUUCGACGAGGUGAUGCAAGACAAGUUCAUCGCGCUGGACCAAGAUAAGGCGCAGUUCGUGUACCAGCUGUGCCGGGCAAUCAACGCCAAGCACGUCGUCGAGGCCGGCACCUCCUUCGGUGUGAGCACGAUCUACCUCGCCCUCGCGGUGGCCGCCAACACCUCCCGCACCGGAGAGGUCGGCCGCGUCAUUGCAACCGAGUACGAGGCUGCAAAGGCGGCCAAGGCGCGCGAGCACUGGCGCGAGUGUGGUGAAGAGGUCCUCGCUACGAUUGAUUUGCGGGAGGGGGAUCUGCGCGAAACGCUGCAGUCUGAUCUUCACGAUAUCGACUUUCUCUUACUGGACAUCUGGACACCCAUGGCGUUGCCGGCGUUGAAGCUCGUCCAGCCUCAUAUGCGGCAUGGCGCGGUCGUCGUCGCAGACAAUACCAUCGGAUCGGCAGAAAAGUAUAAAGAUCUUCUUGACUAUCUUCGUGAUCCGGCAAACCAUUUCAGUAAUAUGACUUUGCCGUUCCAUAAUGGUCUGGAGGUUUCUGUAUAUCUGCCUCCCAAGAGUGACAGUUAGACUAUAUAGUAUAUGAGAACUUGGCAAUAUAAAGGUAGUCUACUAUAGAUUGGCUUUUCUAGAUAAUACGAAAUCUUAUGCUAUUCCAUAAUUGAGUCUACACAUCUACAGAG